UGACUCUCCUCAAAAUGAAGAACAUAUUGGAAGGAUUCAGGGCAGCUCUAAGAUUUGAAGGACAAACUGAACAACUGAGCCUCAGGGGCAGGAACUAGAGCCCCAGGACUGCAUGUGAAGGGGGAGGGGAGCUCCCACUGAAAACUGAAGCGUAGUUACCAGAGAAGGGAUGCGAAUGCUGGGUCCACAAAAACGAGAGCUGUCCUCACGAGGCUCACUCCUACCAAGAAGAAAAUAAAACCGAGUCAGUUGGAAAGCUAAUGCCUUAUCAUACCUUGAAAGGAUCAUCCAUCGGUGCUCCAUCAACAUUUGUGGAUUGGAAGAAUAAAUGAAGCAAGGAAUGCUAAAGAAUUUGGGCAUCAUCCAGAGGGCAUUGAAGACUUUGAAGUGCUUCAAGCUCGGGAGGUGACAUGGCCAGAUUUGCAUUUUGGAAAGCUCAGGAAGCCCCAGAUCUAAUCUGCAUCUCACGGGCUGCCAAUGCCCAAAGAAUAGCCCACAAGAGCGUGCGUCACCUCUAGACACAUCCACCAGACACUUCUCCUCCCAGUCCGUCUGACCUGUUGCUUAGGGACGCGUCCCACAGCUUCUUCUGACGUCUGCCCGAUCAACCAUCGCGUCCUUAGAGAACAAGGAAGGAAGCAGACGCAGGAAAUCAUGCCACCGACCGCCAAACGGCAAUGAGUGGGUGACACCGACUUGACGUCAAAGACCGACAAGAUCACGCCCAAGAGCAACUCACCCUCGAGACUCCCCUCAACCCCUGCAGCGCCAGCCCCCAGCUCCUUCUCGGCGCCACCGGCAGCUGAGCGUCUCUCGGUAAAGUCGUCUUGGCUGGACAGAGCCUGAGAUCUUCUUCAGACCCUUGGACACUAGACAUCAUGGAGAAUCACAUGUUCAGUGUUCAGCAAAUCCAGCCCAAUGUGAUUUCGGUCCGCCUUUUCAAGCGCAAAGUGGGGGGCCUGGGAUUCCUGGUGAAGGAGCGGGUGAGCAAGCCCCCCGUGAUCAUCUCUGACCUGAUUCGAGGGGGUGCUGCGGAGCAGAGUGGCCUCAUCCAGGCUGGAGACAUCAUUCUCGCGGUCAACGGCCAGCCCUUGGUGGACCUGAGUUACGCCAGCGCCCUGGAGGUGCUCAGGGGCGUUGCCUCUGAGACCCACGUGGUCCUCAUCCUGAGGGGCCCCGAGGGCUUCACCACGCACCUGGAGACCACCUUCACUGGGGACGGGACCCCCAAGACCAUCCGGGUGACACGACCCCUGGGUCCCCCCACCGCAGCCGUCGACCUGUCACACCAGUCGUCAACCUGCAAAGAGCAGCCACUGGCAGUGGACGGGGUCACAGGUCCUGGCAGUGGGCCACAGCAUGUCCACAACAAUGGCCAGGAACCUGGCUUGCUGUCUCACACCAACGGCCUGGCGCCCAGGCCCCCGAGCCAGGACCCCGCCAAGAAAAGUCCCAGGGUCGCCAUCCCGGGCAGUGAGGAGCGCAAUGAACUACUCAAAGAGAUAGAACCUGUGCUGAGCCUUCUCACCAGUGGUGACAGAGGGAUCAAUGGAGGUGGACCCACCAAGGCAGAGACAAAAGAUGCAGAAGUCCAGGUGGACAGAGAUCUGGAUGGCAAGUCACACAAACCUCUGCCCCUUGGCGUGGAGAAUGACCGCGUCUUCAAUGACCUGUGGGGGAAGGGCAACAUGCCCGUGGUCCUCAACAACCCAUAUUCAGAGAAGGAGCAGCCCCCUGCCUCAGGAAAACAGUCGCCCCCAAAGAAUGGCAGCCCUUCCAAGUGCCCCCGCUUCCUCAAGGUCAAGAACUGGGAGACUGACGUAGUUCUCACGGACACUCUCCACCUGAAGAGCACGUUGGAAACGGGAUGCAGCGAGCAUAUCUGUAUGGGCUCCAUCAUGCAUGCUUCUCAGCAAGUGCGAAGGCCUGAAGACGUCCGCACAAAAGAACAGCUCUUCCCUCUUGCCAAAGAGUUUAUUGAUCAGUACUACUCGUCAAUUAAAAGAUUUGGCUCCAAAGCCCACAUGGAGAGGCUAGAAGAGGUGAACAAAGAGAUUGAAACCACCAGCACCUACCAGCUCAAAGACACGGAGCUCAUCUAUGGAGCUAAGCACGCCUGGCGGAAUGCCUCCCGCUGUGUUGGCAGGAUCCAGUGGUCCAAGCUGCAGGUGUUCGAUGCCCGAGACUGCACCACGGCCCACGGCAUGUUCAACUAUAUUUGCAACCAUAUCAAGUAUGCUACCAACAAAGGGAACCUCAGGUCUGCCAUCACCAUAUUUCCCCAGAGGAUUGACAGCAGGCGUGAUUUCCGAGUCUGGAACUCCCAGCUCAUUCGCUAUGCUGGCUACAAGCAGCCCGACGGCUCCAUCCUGGGGGAUCCAGCCAGUGUGGAAUUGACAGAGAUCUGCAUACAGCAAGGUUGGAAACCCCCGAGAGGCCGCUUCGAUGUCCUGCCACUCCUGCUCCAGGCCAACGGCAAUGACCCUGAGCUCUUCCAGAUUCCUCCAGAGCUGGUGUUGGAAGUGCCCAUCAGGCACCCCAAGUUCGAGUGGUUCAAGGACCUGGGGCUAAAGUGGUAUGGCCUCCCCGCUGUGGCCAACAUGCUUUUGGAGAUUGGCGGCCUGGAGUUCAGCGCCUGUCCCUUCAGUGGCUGGUACAUGGGCACAGAGAUUGGUGUCCGCGACUACUGUGACAACUCUCGGUACAACAUCCUAGAGGAAGUGGCCAAGAAGAUGAACUUGGACAUGAGGAAGACAUCCUCCCUGUGGAAGGACCAGGCACUGGUGGAGAUCAACAUUGCAGUUCUCUACAGCUUCCAGAGUGACAAAGUGACCAUUGUUGACCACCACUCUGCCACCGAGUCUUUCAUUAAGCACAUGGAGAAUGAGUACCGCUGCCGGGGGGGCUGCCCUGCCGACUGGGUGUGGAUUGUGCCCCCCAUGUCUGGCAGCAUCACCCCCGUCUUUCAUCAGGAGAUGCUCAACUACCGGCUCACCCCCUCCUUCGAAUACCAGCCUGACCCUUGGAACACCCAUGUCUGGAAAGGGACCAACGGGACCCCCACAAAGAGGAGAGCCAUCGGCUUCAAGAAGCUGGCAGAAGCCGUCAAGUUCUCGGCCAAGCUAAUGGGGCAGGCCAUGGCUAAGAGGGUCAAGGCAACCAUCCUGUAUGCUACAGAGACAGGCAAAUCGCAGGCCUACGCCAAAACCCUGUGUGAGAUCUUCAAACACGCCUUUGAUGCCAAGGUGAUGUCCAUGGAGGAGUAUGACAUUGUGCAUCUGGAGCAUGAAACUCUGGUCCUGGUGGUCACCAGCACCUUUGGCAACGGAGAUCCCCCUGAGAACGGGGAGAAAUUCGGCUGUGCUUUGAUGGAAAUGAGGCACCCUAACUCUGUGCAAGAGGAAAGGAAGUACCCGGAACCCUUGCGUUUCUUUCCCCGUAAAGGGUCUCCCCACCCCCGAGGUAACACAGAAGUCCGAAAUCUGGCUACAGCCCGUGACAGCCAGCACAGGAGCUACAAGGUCAGGUUCAAUAGUGUGUCCUCAUAUUCCGAGGCCCGCAAAUCAUCGGGUGAAGGGCCAGACCUCAGAGACAACUUCGAGAGCACUGGCCCCCUGGCGAAUGUGAGGUUCUCGGUGUUCGGCCUGGGCUCACGGGCAUACCCUCACUUCUGCGCCUUUGGGCACGCCGUGGACACCCUCCUGGAAGAGCUGGGAGGAGAGAGAAUCCUGAAGAUGAGGGAGGGGGAUGAGCUCUGUGGGCAGGAAGAGGCUUUCAGGACCUGGGCCAAGAAGGUCUUCAAGGCAGCCUGUGAUGUGUUCUGCGUGGGAGAUGAUGUCAACAUUGAGAAAGCAAACAACUCCCUCAUCAGCAAUGACCGCAGCUGGAAGAGGAACAAGUUCCGCCUCACCUAUGUGGCCGAAGCUCCGGAACUCACACAAGGUCUAUCCAAUGUCCACAAAAAGCGGGUCGCGGCCGCUCGUCUCCUCAGCCGUCAAAACCUUCAGAGUCCUAAAUCCAGCCGAUCAACCAUCUUCGUGCGUCUCCACACCAACGGGAAUCAGGAACUGCAGUACCAGCCUGGGGACCACCUGGGCGUCUUCCCUGGCAAUCACGAGGACCUCGUGAAUGCCCUGAUUGAGCGGCUGGAGGAUGCACCCCCUGUCAACCAGCUGGUGAAAGUGGAGCUGCUAGAGGAGCGGAACACGGCUCUGGGAGUUAUCAGUAACUGGACGGAUGAGCACCGCCUCCCGCCCUGCACCAUCUUCCAGGCCUUCAAGUACUACCUGGACAUCACCACGCCCCCGACACCACUGCAGCUGCAGCAGUUUGCCUCCCUGGCCACCAGUGAGAAAGAGAGGCAGCAUCUGCUGGUCCUCAGCAAGGGCUUGCAGGAAUACGAGGAAUGGAAAUGGGGCAAGAACCCCACCAUCGUGGAGGUGCUGGAGGAGUUCCGGUCCGUCCAGAUGCCGGCCACCCUGCUCCUGACCCAGCUGAACCUGCUGCAGCCUCGCUACUACUCCAUCAGCUCCUCCCCAGACAUGUAUCCCGAUGAGGUUCACCUCACCGUGGCCAUUGUCUCCUACCGCACCCGAGAUGGAGAAGGACCAAUUCACCACGGCGUGUGCUCCUCCUGGCUCAACCGGAUACAGUCUGAUGAAGUGGUCCCCUGUUUCGUGAGAGGAGCACCCAGCUUCCACCUGCCCCGAAAUCCCCAAGUGCCCUGCGUCCUGGUGGGCCCGGGCACCGGCAUCGCCCCUUUCCGAAGCUUCUGGCAGCAGCGGCAAUUUGACAUCCAACACAAAGGAAUGAGCCCCUGCCCAAUGAUCCUGGUCUUCGGGUGCCGGCAGUCCAAGAUAGAUCACAUCUACAGGGAGGAGACCCUACAGGCCAGGAGCACGGGGGUCUUCAGAGAACUGUACACAGCCUACUCCCGGGAGCCAGACAAACCAAAGAAGUACGUGCAGGAUAUCCUGCAAGAGCAGCUGGCGGAACCCGUGUACCGAGCCCUGAAGGAGCAAGGGGGCCACAUUUACGUCUGCGGGGACGUCACCAUGGCCGCUGAUGUCCUCAAAGCCAUCCAGCGCAUCAUGACCCAGCAGGGGAAACUCUCAGUGGAGGACGCCGGCGUGUUCAUCAGCCGGCUGAGGGAUGAUAAUCGCUACCAUGAGGACAUUUUCGGGGUCACCCUGAGAACGUACGAAGUGACCAACCGCCUUAGAUCUGAAUCCAUUGCCUUCAUUGAAGAGAGCAAAAAAGACACCGAUGACGUUUUUAACUCCUAACCGGAUCCUCUUGCCCAGACGGAUGGCAGGGGGGCCGCCCCAUGCGCUCCGGCAGGGGUGGCAGCGGGUUUUGUAAGCGUGGACACUGCUGAACCUUUCCUACGGGACCGCGCGUGGCCCCCCGCUCUGCCUCUCGUCCUGUCGCCGCGUGUCCUGGUUUCCCUCUUCUGGGUUCUCGCCUCUCAGUGUUCCCUUCUUGGGUUUCCUCCUUGAGUUUUCCUGCUGCAAUGCAAUGCCUUUAUAAUCCGCAGUGGCUCUUACAAAACUGUCCCCCCCACCCUUCCUGACAAGGAGACAUCAGCGGUGCGUGAGAGCACCGGAACAUGGGCACCGCUCGUGGCACGGCUGGUUUUCUGGGGUUCCCCUGGAGAGGCUGCAGGGGCAACACAGAAGAGUUUUCUGAGCCAGUCCCUCGGCCACUGAAGUCCCCCGUUUUUUAUGACGAUGUUCUGGGUGUGCGCACGUGUACGCAUGUGCAGUGCGCCUGGGUCGCGACCAUCCUCUUGCCUGUUGUAAGCGCGUUGCCUCCAGACCCCCGGUGCCCCAGCCUCUGCUGGCUCCAUAACUAAGGGUCUGUGCUAGGGUCCCUGUAACACUGGGAAGCGCUCUAAGGGUCCCGGUUAUAAAGGGUCAGCCAUGGAGAGCGGCAUGUGAUGGUUAAGGGGGAAAUCUCCAACGAAAAGGGGGAAAUCAACGAAUUCGAUGUAGUUAGAUUCUGGCGCCAGUUAGCGGCGCCCUCGCUGGGAAACUAACCCAUCUAGUGGAUGGGGCAACGCCUUCUCCAACCCCACCCACCCCAGCCGGAAUCAUCUGAUUUGGCCUCAGAGGCAAUAACACCCUCAAGGCCAGAAGUAGCCUUGUCCAAGGGAGCGGGCUGGAAAUAAGAAUCUUCUCGUUUUUGCCACCUGGUGACUUCAGACAAGUCCCUUGUCCUCAGUCUCCCCUCGUUGUAAUGUUAUAAAGCUAAAAAGUAUAAAUGGAUCAACCUGUAAAGCUGUGAAGACCGGAAACAAUAUGAAGGAAAGGUGUCAUGGUUCUGCUUUUAGUCUCCCAAGUGGGGCUUGCUGUUUCACCCUUGGGGGUAAAAUAAUGGAAGCCAGUCACAGUGGAACCGGUUUGGGGAGGGAAGCGUAAUGGGGCACCGCAUGGCGUCUCCUACAGGACCAUAGCUCAGGGGAGGAAGAACCUGGUCUUCAGUCUUUUGGCUUUCUAAAAGUGAUCCCCCAAAUUUUUAACCUGGUAAAAUAAUUUUGACAAAUAAAUUAUCCUUAACUCAGAUCAAAACUUGGCAGCAGUCUUUAGCAGGAAUCAGGGCAGGUACAAUUUCUGCCUGGCAGGCAACCUCCUGAGUUUACCCUCUCCAAGUAAAUGCACUGGAAGAGUCCCUUUAUACACUUAAGUGCUAAAAAUCGAUAGCAGGCAGCGUCCAGAGAGAGCCAAGAAAUCCCAGUGGCCCCACACAUAAGGGACUGCCUCCGGGGGUCUACCCUGGGCCCCCAGCAUUGGAAGGGAAGCAUUCAGCCAGUCCCAUCCUUCUGUUUGGUUUGGUUUUGUCACACAGAAAGAUGGCACUUCCUUUAUGUACUGCACAAUGGGCAUUUCUUUCUUGAUGCUCUAUUUGGGGGUUUGCCAAAGAGAAAGUGCCCUGGCCUUCUUUGGACGGGCCUUAGAAUGGGGGUGCCAAAAAGGUGUUGAGGGGGGACAACUUCCAAGACUCGUAAAGUCCAAGGACAAACUCUAUCUCGCCUUUCCCCACCCACCCUGGCAGCUCUCGCUGGUGUCCCUUCCCUGGGACAGAGUUAUAAUCUCCCUGCCUGCCUUUAAUCCUGUUUGCUCCUGCUCAGGCUUCCAUGGGCAUAGAGAACAAACACUCAGCAUGCUCCCCGACCCUUUCGACCCUGGAGCGAAGCCCAUUGUAAACCCCACACAAUUCUGGCUCCUAGUAGCUUUCCUCCCAGGGGAUUUCUUUCCAACCCCUUGAGCCUUUUGGAGAUACCUGCUAAGAUAUCACAAAGCUCCCCAGGGACUGAACUGCUGUGCUCAACCUCCCUCAAAGAGGGAGUGUGCUUCCCUCUCUAAAUUAAGCUUUAUGCACGAAUGCUUUUCCAUCAACGAAUAAAUACGUGUGAGCGCUUACUCUGUGCCAGGCACCUUCUUCAUAUAUCUCUGUUCCUCUAGCAAUAGGCAGACAGGUGGAAAUAACACUCUUGUUUUGUCGGGAAGGCCAAAGAAAUUAUUAUAUAACCAGGACUCAUCUUUGUUCCCAAGAAGAAUUAUUUUUUUUAAGUAAAUAGCUUUCAACCCCAACACAGCUGCUUCACAGCUGGCUAGAGGACAGGAAACUGGGCUGAUCUGUUUCCUCUCAUUUGUCAGAAUCCCUGGUACCAAAAGCCUGGCUAUAAGAAGCCUAAGAAGUGGAGGAUGGAGUUCUGAUUUAGGAUUUAGUUCUGAUCCAGGGUGUGUAAGUGCUGCCCUCUUGUGGUGGUUUUUAGUUCAGUCCAAGUAGCCAAAAAUAGGUGCAAAUUUUGGUAUAACAAUAGGUGAGCAAAAAUAGGAUUCACUGGCAUUUGGGGGUUACCCAGGUUAUAGACUUGUUCUUUACCUCUCCCCUGUGAAUUGGCCUGCAGUAGCUAGAACCCCACUUAACAAAAGUAAGUUUGGCCAGGAAGAAUGGGACAUCCAACCCCAGCGACCGGAAAGCUGGGACUUCAUGUUCUAUCAUUAUUAUGACUGUAAUUCCCGUACCUAGUGUUGGGAACGAAGCAGAAGUAGUUAAACUCCCUGAGAGGAGAUGGUCUUCUCUUGGUUUCUACAGAGAGAGUCAGCCAGGUAGCUUUUUUUUGAGGGGAAUGCUUCAGACCCACUAAAAUGGCGUUUUGGAAGCCAACCUGAGUCCAAAUGCUAACGCUCCCCCUGUUUCUGCAGACAGCUGUAGGCUGGUGAAUUGUUAACCUUUUGAGCCUGCAUAGCCACCUGUAUAACAAGGUGGGUUAAAUGAGAGACUGCCCCUAAGAUGCCCAGUUACAAUACUUGGGCCAUGUAAGCGAUCAAAUUCUAUGUUUUCACUUCAUCUAUAACAUUUCUUGCUUCUCCAGUAAUCGGAAGGCAUGGUGGAGCAUACAGAGCAAAACACAGUUCUUUUCUUACAGGUUAGACAGAGUCUGGCAUGUAGGGACACAAUCCUUAGAACUGAUGUAAAUGUCCGGGGUUUGAGAAAUGGGUGGGAUUCCAUCGGCUUUGGGGAGACAGGUUUGCCAGGAAGUAGAAACAGUGAAAAGAAAGGCAUGGACAGGGAGCACGUAGGGUAAACGGGGCGUGGCCUCAGACAGCCCAGCUUUGGAAGGCUGAGGAGGGUCAGAACGGUGAGAAAUGCUGGGAAGGUGGUCAGGGACCAGAAGAUGGGGAGAGGGGAGUGGCAUGUUAACGACUUUUGACUUUAUUUGGUAGGCAACAGGGGUCCUCAAGUGUUUACGAAAGGGGGAAAUACUGCGACUGGCAUUAUGCUUGGAAAAGAAUGUUCUGACCGCAGCCUAGAGCAUGAUGGCCGGCCAGUUGACCUAUCGGUACUUGAUUGUAGUAACCGAGGCUGGAAUGAGGGAAGAAGCCGAUGUAGUGAUAAAAGACAUUCCAGGGUUGAAUCAACAGGACUUGGGACCAAUCUGUUGUGGAAGAUGAAAACAAACGAGAAAGUCAAGAUUCUUGCCUCUCGGUUGAGAAAGGGGCCUUGUGAAACACAAACAGGCUCAAGGGAAAGAUGAGUUUGAGAUGCUGACGUGAUAACCAGCUUCUCCCUGAGUCCACAGGGUCAAUCCUUCCAAGGUCCAGCCAGGCCUAGAAGCUCAGAAAGAGAACUGACCCCAGGUCAGCAGACCUUGGACUCAGUACACAGGAUUUUCUUGCCAGAUUUGCUCUCAGCAGCCACCUGCUUUGGGCUCCAAAAGGAGGUCAGGUUUUGCCCUGAGUCCGAAACAAGUGAGAUUGUUCUAACUCAGAGUGGUUUCUGCCAGAAUGGUCAAGCCAGAUGUUUAUCCCCACAGCACCAGCCCCCAGGGCGGCCUUUUAAUCCCUGCUAUGAGGAAAACUGUGGAUGUAAGAUUUUGGUUUUUGCAGGCCAUGUUGACUUGUGUAUUUCUGUCUCCACGGCCCCGAUCCCAGCAUGUCUCUAGGCCCACUUUCCCACAAAGCCUUCUGUCUGCAUUGGCACAUUAAUCUGCGACCGCCUGCAAUGACAAGAAGGAAGAACUAUUACUAAUAUGAGCUUCCUAUGUGACCUGGCCACACUCCCUCUCUUCUCCCAACCCUUGCAAUGUCUCCUGCAUCCAAAUUAAAGGCUCAAGAACGAAAGGCCAGGAGCUGGGAUGGAGGAAACACAGGUCUGACAGUCUGCCCCUCAGGAACUCAACACACAUGAUCCCCAUGAAGCUGAAUUUGGCCUUCGGGGGGCUAACGCCUGCCUGGCCUCUUCUUUCUCUCACACCUACCCUGCCCUCAGUCCACUGCCAUUCCCUGCCUGGUGGCAAUAGGCACAGCCACCUCUCCCCAAACACGGAUGUGUCUCAGACCUGAGGACCGAGGUGAACUUAUAACCUUAGAACGAACAUCUGCGUCGGGCCUCUGCUCUUGUCAAAGCCACGUGCAAGGGGGGAGGUCAGGCGUCAAUAUGACUUGUUAUGUGUAUGGGUUCAUUUUGUCCUAGACUCUCAGUGGUUCUAAACGAGUAGGGCAUGUCUGUGCAGCCCAGGACAGAGCCCACUCUGGCCCUGGUGGGCAGGAACCAAUCUUCCUUCAGAUGUGGCUUUCCACAGUCUUCUAGAAAAUGACUCCAGGGCAUCCAAAUGUUCCGACUCGACUCCUCAGCUGUAGGGGAUUCUAGCCCAGGGUCUGUCCAGAGGUGCACUAGUGGCAUUUGGGGCUGAAGAACCCUUUGUGGUGGGGGCUGACCUUGGCAUUGGAAGACAUUGAGCGGUGUCCCUGCCUCCAUCCCACUAGAUGAUGCCAGCAGCAGUCCCCCCAAGCGUGAUAACCAAAUACGUCUUCAGACAUCGCCAGAUGUCCCUGGGGGGCCACAGAAUCUCUCCUGGCUGCCCUAGGCCUUCUGGACUAAGCAGAGCAUUCCUCAGCCUAAUGGCUAUUUCCAUUAUCAGCUGCCCAACUGAGACUCCAAGGAUUGUGAUGGAGGAAUGAAAAGGUGUGGUUUCACAAACUCCCUCCCAAGACAGCACGUUGGCAGCUCCAUUUCAGUACCAAGCGAUACCCUCAACGUCCGUUCUGGUUAAGAUCCAUGGAGGCCCAGUGCCCACCUGUGCCCUGCCGCCCACCUCCACCCUGUUUUCCUUGUUGUCUUGUUGUCACCGUGAUUGUAAAGACCCACUCCGGGCUCAGCAGUGGUUUUUCUGGAAGGCUGAGAGAGAGAGAGAGAGAGCAUGCUCAUUUGGUUGCUCACACCGCUGUACCCGGGGGUUCCAUUCCGGGGUUGGGGAGCGGGGGAGGGGGGCAGAGCAGUGUCACAUCUCGCCACACACACACACUGUCAGCAACUCGGCCUUCCCCGCUACCUCUGAGCUCUCGAUGCUGCUGAUCUCCGCCAAGUAUCCCGUGUGCUCCCGGCACCUUCCCUGAAGGACUGACACCCACCCCACGCUCUUUGCGCGGUUGUCCAGGCUGUGUUUGCCGCAUGCUCUUCUUCUGUAUAGUUCUCAUCUUCUCAUUGGAUGGAACUCAACAAAAGUCUCCUUCUGCCUGUUUGCAUUAUGGUUAAAACAUUAAAAA